UCGUUGAUCCUCGUUUUUUUUUGCUACAAAGUGUAGGUAGUAUCCAUGGAAAUUGGAAAAUUCAAGUGCCAGAAAAAUGACGUGCGUGCCAGACGCUGUGUGCACAGAGAGGCGUUCUGUUAUAACCCUUUCGUACGUAGCACAAGUGCAUACCACCUGCAUUUUGUUAUCGGAUUUCAACGGAAACAAAUGCGUGAAUUUCCUGUAGUGCAGUCCAUAUUUUAGACCUGCAAGUACACUUGUUUAGUAAUCCAAACCUGCAGUAAACCAGACCCCAUUCUUAUCGUUCGAGUAGUUAAAAGCUGUUUGCCACAUCAUGCAAGAAAGUCUGCGUAUUAAAUGCCGUAAAAAAUGCGUGACUCAGUACUGGAGUUGACUGAAAAGCAUAAACGCUGCUAUUCUGAGCCAGCACUUAGAUACUGUUUACCAUGCGUCGUUUUCUUCGGCAAUCUUCCGGAUCUCUCCUUUUUGGUGUUAUCUUCGGCUGCACUGUCAUCGCGUUCUUGAAUCAAUCAUUUAGCCUACGAUUACAUCAGAAAAAUGUCACCAAUGGUGAUAAGAAACAACAGCCAAAUACAAUCAAAGCUCACGCUGAAAAUGUCAUAGUGGAUAAAAAAGGAAAAGAUCUCCAUGAUAAAGUCCGUAUUCUAUGCUGGGUAAUGACGACUCCUGCCAAUCACGAAACUAAAGCUUUGGCCGUCAAAGAAACAUGGGGUCCUCGCUGCAACGUUUUACUGUUUAUGAGUUCGGCGAACGAUACGAAGCUUCCAGCGAUUGGGUUGCCAGUGGCAGAAGGUCGAGAGGGACUAUGGGGGAAAACCCGAGAAGCAUUUCGUCACGUGUGGGAACGUUAUCAAGAUAAAGUGGAUUGGUUUCUUAAGGCUGACGAUGACACGUAUGUUAUCGUAGAAAAUCUGCGUUAUUUUCUGUCGGGAUUUGACACGUCGAAACCCUUGUUUUUCGGCCACAAGUUUAAAGCGAUUGUUGACAAAGGUUACUUCAGUGGUGGAGCUGGUUAUGCCUUGAGCAAAGAAGCUACCAGAAGAUUCGUAACAAUAGGAUACCAUAACGAAUCACUUUGCCGGAAGGACCAAGGAGGAGCAGAAGAUGCAGAAAUGGGUACUUGCAUGAAAAAUUUGAAUGUUUCAGCGAUGGAUACGCGGGAUUCAAAAGGCAGAGGAAGAUUUUUCCCUUUGGCAGAUUCUCACUAUUUCCCUGGUGAAAUCCAUUCCGGCGACUAUUGGUACUGGGAUUACAUUUACUAUCCUCCCACACAGGGUCGUAAUUGCUGCUCAGAUAGCACUAUAUCCUUCCAUUACAUUGACCCGAGAACCAUGUACAUACUGGACCUUUUCUUCUAUCAAAUUCGUCCGUUUGGGCUGGUGGACAAUCGGCCUGCGAUUCCAGAACCACCACCAGAUGUAAAUCUCACUGGUCCUCGUUGGUUUGCUCCACCUAAACCAACAACACCGUCUCCCCCUACGACGAUCCCAACAUCAACGAAGAGUACUACAACUUUGAAACCCAACACAACAACAAGUCAAACAAGCGCUCCAAGUACCAAGAAGGUAGAGGCCCAGAAAACGGUUGAUUCAAAUAACACAAUGGUGAAUGCAAACACUACGAAGAAAAACUGACACGGCUAUGAAAUUAGUCAUUUUCAACGCUCUUCGAACCAUGACAAAGCAAAAUAGGUAUCAGUUUAA